CCUGGACCUCCCAGGUCAGAAGAUGAAGAAUUAUAUGGCCAAAACAAGAACGAUCAUGUUGAUGUUGUCGCAAGCGCACCAGCAGUGGUUUUUGCCCACGUGGAGGACGACCCGCAGGCACCAGCAGUGCAGAACAUCUCACUUCCACCGGUGCAAAAUGCAAUAAAUGAUGAGCAAGCUGCUACUGCACAGCGUCCACACGGAGGACCCCCGCCACCUCCCAUAAUCGUAGGUCCAAGCGGCCAGCAGCCUCCAAUGGCUCGUCCCGAUAAUGCAUCCCAUCUGCCGGCAGAACAUCAUGAUCGUCCUAGUUUCUUCCUGGAGAAUCAUUACCGACGCACGACCGCCAGAAGUAGAACCACGACGACCCGCGUUAGCACUUCCACCUUCGCGCUGGAGGACGGAAAAACCUUCGACAUUUAUGAGCUGCUCGGCCGCGGCGGGUCGGCGGAGGUGUACCGGGUUCGCCGGGACAAAAAAUCCUACGCGAUGAAGAUUGUGAAGGCGCAGACCUACACGCAGAUGGAAAACUACGCAAAGGAAGUGGUCUUAUUACAAAACCUCACCGACCAGAACCGGAAAACGAACUACAGCGAGCACGUUGUGCGGUGCUUCGGCAGUCGGUGCGAGCCCGAAACGCUGCAAUUGUACAUUUUGUUGGAAUUUGCGGAUUGCGACUUCAAGGCCUUCCACGAGGAAUUCUUGCCGAAGUUGUCCUCAAAUGCUUCCUCCACCGCGAAGAGGCGACGGGAGAUCCUAGAGCGGCGACGGAAAUUGUUCAACAACGCAGGAGGCGGGGCAAGUUCCUCUGUGCGGGACGAAAUUGGUAAGAACGACUCGAAUCACCAACAUUUCGCGGACGAGGUGGACUUCAUGCCGUUGCCGACCAUUCUCCACUGCUUCCGCCAGAUGGCUGCGGCGGUGGAAUUUAUCCACAGUCAGAACAUCGUGCAUUUCGAUCUGAAACCCGCGAACUUCUUGCUGUUUGAGAAUCGGACGAAGAUCAAGGUGUCCGAUUUUGGAUUGGCCAGGGUGCUGGAGCAGGACAAAACGCACAUUUCCCGCCACGGACAGUGCGGCACCGCGCUGUUCAUGGCGCCCGAGGCGUUUUUCCAGGGCGACCAGUACGAAAGCAGCAUGAAGAUGAAGCCCGGGACGGACAUUUGGUCGCUGGGGAUCAUCCUGUACGCGAUGAUCUACGGGAAGCCGCCGCACGCCUACCUCUACGCAAACGGGGGGAACCAGAACCGGGUCAUGUUCUGCAUCGUGGAUCCGACUAUGGAGAUCCAGUACCCAGAUCGGUACUACCUGUACGGCGCAGAAGACGUGAAAGAGGUGUACGGGAGUAGUAGCAGUACUACAGGAAAAGACCAUAACGGGGCGCUGUUCUUCUCCCCAGAAGAUAGCGCAGGACAGAGAACUACAACUCCAGCGGGAGGAACAAGUUCGAGCACCUUCACGUUCGCUGGCUCGGCGGGUCGUGGGAACAAAUCGCUGUGGUCCCAUGGCGGCUCUACAACUUUUGACGACGGGGGAACAACAAUAAAUUACGACAGCAGUAGUUGUACGACUACAACAGCACAAGUG